CCUGUGAAGUGAGAGUUUUCGAUGCUGUGAUGAUGGCUGCGAUUUCCACUUUGAUCGUGCUCAUGCUCGCGCUUUGCGUCACCUGCGCCGAUUUAGCUGCAGCUGCAGUUCAUUACACAGGCAUCUCGGACAAGGAACUGGGAGAAAGAAAGGUGCGGUGCUAUCAAGACAUUGAUAAUGGGCUUUGGGGCAACUCGUGCAAAGCAUCACCGACUGAAAAGGAGAAUUGCGCAUUGAUUUGUGUUUCUCCCACCUGCUAUGAUUCUGUUUAUGGCAGUGACCCUCUAGAGGAAGGCGAAGUAGAUCUGAGAAGAGGGCGAGAAUUCAAAGCUUGCAUUCGUGGGCAAAUGCAGGGUGACAGACUGGCAAGAGCCAAGAGCAUUGCGUUUUAAUAGUAAGAGGAUAUUGGAUACUUCAAAUCACCUGCAGAUCAGAAUCUGUUGCGCGCAAGUAUUCAACCAUGUUUGAAACCAUGAAAGGUACAAUUAGCAUCCAAAACUAGGAAUUCUACGCCAACUCAUGUGCAAGUCAACAAUAAUGAAAUUCGACGUCGCCGUGUCCAAAGCAUUGCAGCUGUUUAAUUCAGUUCCUAAAACAAAUUUCAGUGGGAUCCCAGUGAAAAACUUCAUGAGAUUGAACAAGAAUCUAUUCUCUUGCAAAAAGUUCAUGAGUUUUGUAAAGCAACUAGACGCAUGGUUUUGAACAAUAAAUGUUUGAAGUUUAAGUAAAUUUAGAUUAUUAGCAUGUGGCGCUUAUCAAAGAAUAAAUAGAUAGAAUUUCCAACGAAUUUUCAACUUACAAAAUUCAAGAAAAAUAUUGACUUUGAAA